AUGGGAGAAGAAGUAGACCAAGAACAAGAACAGCAACACAAUUCUCCCACAGAAACCAUUCAACAAGACUACACAUGGCCUGUAAUUAGAUAUGAUUUGCCUCCACAAAGAACCCACCAUUUCUUUAAACAGUUCCGGAAUACUUCUUCUUCAAACCCUAACAAUUUCCUUAAAGGCGUUAAGUGGUCUCCAGAUGGGUCCUGUUUUUUAACAAGUUCUGAGGAUAAUACCCUGGGUUUGUUCUCAACACCAGAUAAUGGUAGUGGCAGCGGUGCUGAUGGGUGUUCUUUAGCUACUGAUGAAGAUUCAUAUGAUGCAAGUCUUUUAGUGAAGGAAGGGGAAUCCGUGUAUGACUUCUGUUGGUAUCCGUAUAUGACUGCUUCAGAUCCUGUUAGUUGUGUAUUUGCUGCUACUACUCGUGACCAUCCGAUUCAUCUUUGGGAUGCUACAUCUGGCCUGCUUCGUUGCUCAUAUCGUGCUUAUGAUGCUGUGGAUGAAAUUAUUGCUGCCAUUUCAAUUGCAUUUAACCCAGCUGGGACUAAGAUUUUUGCCGGAUACAAUAAAUCUAUCAGAAUCUUUGAUGUACAUCGCCCUGGUAGAGAUUUUGCACAGUAUUCAACUAUUCAAGGCAAUAAAGAAGGACAAACAGGUAUAAUAUCUGCAGUUGCCUUUUCUCCAACUCACACCGGAAUGCUAGCUACUGGUUCUUACAGCCAGACAACUGCAAUCUAUAGGGAAGACAAUAUGGAACUCUUGUACGUUUUACAUGGCCAAGAAGGUGGGAUUACACAUGUCCAGUUCUCAAAGGAUGGAAACUAUCUUUUCACUGGAGGCAGGAAGGACCCCUAUAUCUUGUGCUGGGAUAUACGGAAAGCUGUUGAAGUUGUGUACAAAUUGUACAGAUCCUCAGAGCACACCAACCAGCGGAUAUUUUUUGAUAUUGAGCCCCUUGGCCGACAUCUUGCCACAGGUGGUCAGGAUGGUUUGGUUCAUGUGUAUGAUCUACAAAACGGGCAGUGGAUUUCCGGAUUUCAGGCUGCAACAGACACUGUUAAUGGUUUCUCUUUCCACCCAUUCCUUCCUAUGGCGAUCUCUUCGUCAGGGCACCGAAGGUUUCAAGUUCCUGAUGAUUAUGACACGAAUUUGCAUUUGACUAGUUACGAAAACUGUGCCUCUGUGUGGAGUUUCUCCUGUGCUUCAAUGGAAGAGGAUGACACCAACAUCCACGAUGGCGAUUUUACUUGA